AUGCAACAACCCGGCCAACCGGGCCCCUCGGGGAUGCCGAUGCAGAUGCAGUAUGGGCAACCCUACGCUCAGGUCGGUGUCCGUCCCCCUCAACCCGGCACGAUGCCCAUGACCCAGCAACACGCUCUCCAACUUCAGCAACAGCAGCGCGCAGCUCAGCAGCAGCAGCAGCAGCAGCAGCUUACCCAACAGCAGCAAACCCAGUUGCGACAGCAGCAACUCGCCGCGCAACAGCAGCAGCAGGCAGCAGUGGCCGCUGCAGCGGUUGCCCAGCAGCAACAGCCCCAACACCAGGCUGCACGACCCGGAAUGGUCCAGCAAGGUGCCGCCCACCACAUGACCCCUUCUCCUCAUCUCCAGCACCAGUUCCCCGUCGCAGGGCCAGCAGGUGCCGUGCAUCCCCAGUUCACUGGACCUCACGCCGCCCAGGCCGCAAGCAUGGCCAUGGCCGCAAGGCCAACAGCUGUCCAGAUGCGUCCUCGACCUGGAGCCGGCCCCGUCCGUCCCCCUCAACAGCCUGGAAUGGCUCAGCAGCACCAGUUCCAGCAACAUCCCGGUCUUCAACAGCCUGGACAGCCUGGACAGGCCCAGCACCCACCAAACGUACCUGGUCAGAUGGCCAUUGCGCAGGGCCAGCAACAACAGCCUCAGCAGGUGACGCCCGUCAUGAGCCACGUCCACCCGCAGGGUUCGAUGGAACAUCAGAUGUCCACUCAAGGCUUUGACAUGACCCGUGUGGGGUCGGGCGUCCAAUCGCAAGUGGGCCAGGCCCGCGACCCAGACUCUUUGUUGAGAACGUUCAUUUACGACUAUCUGGUGAAAAACGAUCUCUCAAGUACCGCCGCCGCACUCCGCAACGAGACCACUCUCGCCGAGCAGACGGCACCCGUCCAGCACCCCAAAGGCUUUCUGCUAGAGGUGUGGCGUGUGUUCCACGAGACCGUCAUCCACGGCAAGGGUCAGGCGGCGUUGAGUUCCCCGGGCGCGUACACAGAAGCGAUCGGCCGGUUGAGCGCAUUGCGACAGCAGGGCGCUGCUGGUGCUCAGCAACAGCAACAAGGACAGUUCCAGGCUGGCACGCCCGGUACCGUCCCUCAGCGUAUCCCCACCCAGCAGUUUUUGGAUAUCAGGCAGCACCAACAAGCUUCCCAGCUCCAGCAGGCCCAGGCCCAACAACAGGCAGCGCUUGCCCAGGCUCAGGCUCAGGCUCAGGCCCAGGCUCAGCAGUCGGGCAUGUCGCAUGCCGCGCUCAUGCAGCAGCAAAUGGCCCAACAGCAAGCCCAGCAGGCUCAACAGGCCCAGGCUCAACAGCAGCAGCAGGCCCAGCAACAGCAGGCCGCUGCUCAACAGCAGCAAGCCCAGCAGCAGCAGGCUCAGCAGCAGGCCCAGCAGGCUCUCCUCCAGCAACAGCAGCAGCAGCAGCAGCAACAGCAGGCCCAGCAGGCGGCUCAACAGCAACAGGCCCAGCAGCAGCAGGCUCAGCAGGCUCAGCAGCAGCAGGCCGUUGCCGCUGCCGCCGCCGCUGCCGCCCAGCGGUUCAGCGCCCAGCCUGGUGCGCCCAGCGGAUCGCCCGCCCAGCAACGCCCACCACCUCCGGGGCAGCAACACAUGUACGCUGCUGCUCAGCAGGCCCAUCUCGCGAUGCAGCCUCCCAACGCCCAGGCAGGACCCAGCCACCCUUCGCCCAUGGCUCCUUCCCCGCGCAUUGCUCAGCAGCAACACCCCAAGGUGAUGCCCUCCCCGCACCAGCAACACAUGCGCCCACCGCCCGGUAUGAACGGCGGCACCCCGACCAUGAUGCCAAUGCAGCAGCCCAGCGCCGUGUCUGUCGGCAUGGCCCCACAGGGCAGCGGGCCGUUCAUGCACCCCGCCACCCCGCAAACCGCCGCAAGCCCCGCACCCAUGACACCGCAGCAGCACCAGCAGACCAUUCAGCAACACCAGCUGAUACAGGUCCAGGCGCAGGCGCAGGCCAUGCAGGCGAGGCAGCAGGCAGCUCAGCAUCAGCAGCAGCAGCUCCACGAGGCUCAACAGCAGCAGCAACAGCAACAGCAAAUGCACGCUCACCAGCAAGCCGCCCAGCAGCAACAGGCCGCCCAAGUUGCCCACGCCCAGGCUCAGCAGCAGCAUGCCGCCGCCCAGCAGCACGCAAUGUUGCAGCAGCAUCAGCAGGCCCAACAACAGCAGGCUCAGCAGCAGCAACAGCAGCAGGCUCAGCAGCAAGCUCAACAGCGCAUGCAGCAGCAGAAUGGGCCUCAGCAGUUCACUCCUCAGCAGGUGGUUGCCAUGCACCAGCAGCAGCAGCAGCAGCUCGCCAAUGCGACCAACGCCAUGUCGUACCACGGCUUGGGUUUAGGACAGGUCAACUCGGCCGUCAUGAACCACACCGUCAACCAGCUGGGGUUUUCCGGCAAGGACCUGAAUAGCCUGCCAGAGGAUGACAAAACCACCCUGCAAGAGUCGCAGCGGCGACAGAUGAUGCAGGCUCAACAGCCUGGCGCGUCACCUGCUUCGACUCCGCAGCAGUUCCAGCAGCCGAUGUUGGUGCAGCAACAGCAACAGCAGCAGCAACAGCAACAACAGCAGCAGCAGCAGGGUGCACACGGGCAGGCACGCCAGGCUAGCGACUCGGCCAACAACGCGGGCACACCGCCUGAUCGCAAGCGCCAGCGCCGAAACUCUGGCUCCGCCGCACCGAGCCCGUUCAUCCAGCCGCAGACGCUGCAGCCUGGGUUCCAGCACCAGCAGGCCGUCUUGGCCAUGCAGCAGAGCAUGAGCCAGACUGGACGUCCAAUGUCGGUGAAUGGACCCAUGGACGCGCAGAGCCCUGCCCAGGGCUUGACAUCCCAGUCGCCCAGGAAUCCGCCCAUGAACGGCAUCCCCGGCCAGACGAUGCAGCGCAACCAGAGCAAGAACGGCCCCCCCGAGGGCGUCAUGCUGCCGCCUCAAAGCCCCGCCGCCGUCAUGGGCCGGACAACCCCUCAGACCCAGCCUGGCAAGGUGGCUCUGACACCAAAGAUGCAAAAAGAGGAGCUCAUUCGCGACUCUGCCACACCAAAAUCGCUGCGCAACUCACCGAGUACCGGUAUCAUCACCGUCAACCCAGACUCUGGUGGCCAGUCGACGUCUACGCACGGCCUGACGCCGUCCCCACCAUCGGGAUCCACCGCCACACCAGUCGGCAACGCUGGUGGCCUGUUGAACGGCAUUUCCGCCGACGCCAAUGCCAACAAUAAUAAUUCAGCCACCAACAAUGCCAACAACAACAGCGGCGGUAACAGCAUGUUUGCCACUGGCGACGUGCUUGCCGACUCUGGGCUGUUUGGCAGCGACACGGACCUCGACUGGAUGAACUCGUUGACGGGAGGAAGCGAUGGUAUCGACUUUGCGCUCUACCUUGAGAACAUUGGCGAGGACAACGAGGGCGAAGUGGGCAUUGCAUAG